AUGCCAAAGUGGGCUUUUGUUCAUGAAAAUGGUAGAUCUCCUUCCUCUCAUACGCGACGUACCAUGCCAGAAGAAUGGAGAUCGAUUCGUGUUCCUUUCCCUCCCAAAAUAAAUGCCCAUGACUUUGUUAAGCCACGGCGAGAUGGAUCCCCAAAGAAGAGAUGUGCUAAUUAUUUCUUGGUAUAUCGCGUUCAAUUUGCUGAAGCACUAAAGGCACACUGUUGUAAUUCGGCUCUCAUGACGGAUAUAUCAAGUAUGGCUGGAGAUGCUUGGAGAGAAGAACCAGAACACGUUCGUCGUUUUUACAAGCAGAUUGCGAAUGACAUUAAGAGACUUCACUCAGAGUCUGUUAAAUCUGCUCAAAAUGCUAAAUCUUCGAAAACUAAUACCUCUUCUAAAACUAUCGAAUCAUCUGUGAAAAUACAACCACCAUCAGAUCAACCACCAUCAGACCAACUGCCAUCAGGCCAACCACCAUCAUUUGAAUCUUCCACAAAUUCUCAAAUAAUGUCUUCUUUUGAUAACAUACAAUCACCUGUAGAUUUAUUUUAUGAACAAAUUGCAGAUUUUGGUCAAACUAUUCCAAAUAAUUCGUUCUCAUACUUACAAAAUUUGCACACGAUAGAUCAUAUUAAUGUGAAUCCGGUUCCAUAUACAUAUAGCCAACCUAGUAUUCCACAGGAAUAUGAUUAUCUGAAUUCUGGUUCUUUUCAUGAAAAUAGUAUUGAUUCAAUUAAAAGCUCUUGUGAUUUUUUAUUCGAUCUUUAG